AUAUUACAGUAAGAGAUGUUGGUGUUGUGGGCUGGAGCUUUGGUUCUCAUUAUAUGCAUUGCACAUUGGGUUUACUACUGGAGAAAUCCUAGAUGUAAUGGUAAACUUCCCCCUGGUUCUAUGGGUUUCCCACUUCUUGGGGAGACUCUUCAGUUCUUCACCCCCAACACUACUUCCGAUAUCCCUCCCUUUGUCAAAGAGAGGAUGAAAAGGUAUGGGCCGAUAUUCAAGACCAGUUUAGUGGGGCGACCGGUAAUCGUAUCGGCCGACCCGGAUCUCAACCACUUUGUGUUUCUUCAAGAAGGGCAGCUGUUUCAGAGCUGGUAUCCGGAUACGUUCACCGAGAUCUUUGGACGUCAAAAUGUGGGCUCGUUACAUGGGUUUAUGUACAAAUACCUCAAGAACAUGGUGCUUCAUCUCUUUGGUCCUGAAUGCCUGAAAAAGAUGCUCCCUGAAGUUGAAGAAACAGCUUGUCGAAGGUUACAACGCUGGUCAAACCAGGAAACAGUUGAAUUAAAAGAAGCAACCGCUGAGAUGAUAUUUGAUCUCACAGCGAAAAAGCUCAUAAGUUAUGACCAAGACAAUGCCUCCCAGAAUCUGAGGGAAAACUUUGUUGCAUUCAUACAAGGACUAAUCUCCUUUCCCUUGGAUAUUCCUGGAACAGCCUAUCACAAAUGUUUAGAGGGAAGGAAAAAUGCAAUGAAGAUGUUAAAGAACCUGCUAAACCAAAGGCGGGCAAUGCCGGUGAAGGGCCGAAGCGACUUCUUUGAUUAUGUCCUUGAAGAACUUGGUAAAGAGGGAACAAUCUUAACAGAGGCAAUCGCUCUGGAUUUGAUGUUCGUUCUACUAUUUGCCAGUUUUGAAACAACUUCCCUGGCUCUAACUUUAGCAGUUAAAUUCCUUUCUGAUGACCCUUCAGUUCUGAAAAAGUUAUGGGCAGAGCAUGAUGCAAUUCUAAGAAACAGGGAAAAUGCAGACUCCGGACUUACUUGGAAAGAAUACAAAUCAAUGACAUACACAUUCCAGUUCAUCAAUGAAACAGUUAGACUAGCAAAUAUAGUGCCAGGAAUCUUCAGAAAAGCACUAAGGGAAAUCCAAUUCAAAGGAUAUACCAUUCCAGCUGGUUGGGCAGUAAUGGUCUGUCCCCCAGCUGUGCACCUGAAUCCAGCAAAAUACCAAGAUCCCCUCACCUUUAAUCCAUCACGAUGGGAGGGAGGAGAAAUAAAUGGAGCCUCAAAGAAUUUCAUGGCAUUCGGUGGCGGCAUGAGAUUUUGUGUUGGAACAGACUUCACAAAAGUGCAGAUGGCAGUGUUUCUCCAUUGCCUGGUUACCAAGUACAGGUGGGAACCAAUCAAAGGUGGAAAUAUACUCAGAACUCCAGGUUUACAGUUUCCGGAUGGCUUUCAUGUACGGCUCAUGGAGAAAAAUAGAAUGGAGUAACUUUGCAGAAACAAGGCAGAACAAUGGCAACA